AUGUACAACAUUGUGGAUGUUCCGGCGGGGGUAUUCCCUACCGGGCUGAAGGUUGAUUCAGAGGUGGACGACUUGAAGGAUGAUGGCAGGGAGUAUUUGAGUGAGAUGGAUGAAAUGGUCGCGACAGCUUACGACACCAAGAUUAUGGCGGGCGCCCCCUUGGGUUUGCAAGUUGCGGGCGGGAGGUGGGAGGAUGAGAAGGUGAUGAAAGCACUCGGGAUGAUUUCUGAGGUUGUGCACAUGUAG